UGGAAAGGGGGCGUGUCUAACAAUUUUGUUACAAACACGAAUCCGGAGAGUGAAAAUUCUUUUUCCUUGGUCUUGCAGCUUGGGCGAAUAUGAGUCCACAAUGAAGCGCCGUUUAGAGGAACAAGAGCCGGCAUUCCCUGCUCAGCAGCGCCGGCCCCCAGGUGCCCCGGAGACCUUCCAGCAUCGCGUCCUGGCCCCCGCACCUCCUGCCGUCUACGAGGCAGGCGCUGACGCCAUGCAGUCCCCCCCCAGCGUCCAGUACUCUGUCUCCCAGGGGUACCAGGUUUCCACAGUGACCCAGAGUCCAGCAGGCCAUGCCCACACCCCCAGCAGUGCUGUUCACGGUGGGGUGCAUCACCAUGGCUCGGCAACGCAGGCAGCACAGCCUCACGCUUACCCAGCCCCUGGCGCUGCCCCCUCCCAGGCUCAGCCGGGACAGCAGCAGUUUCAGAGGCUGAAGGUGGAGGAUGCACUAUCAUACCUGGAUCAGGUAAAGCUGCAGUUCGGCAGUCAGCCUCAAGUCUACAAUGACUUCCUGGACAUCAUGAAGGAAUUUAAGUCACAAAGCAUCGACACUCCUGGGGUGAUCAGCAGGGUAUCCCAGCUUUUCAAGGGCCACCCAGAUCUCAUCAUGGGCUUCAACACCUUCCUGCCCCCGGGCUACAAGAUCGAGGUUCAAACCAACGACCUGGUCAAUGUCACGACGCCUGGACAGAUUCACCACAUUACACCUCAAGGCAUCUCGGUGCAGAACCUCCCAGUGGCCACGCCCUCGCAGCUCCAAUCCCAACCUCCGGCCACGCCCAUAACCGUGGCCCCGCCCCCACCAUCCCAGCCCACGCCAGCCAAGAUCAGCAAGCCACUGCAAUCUCCAGCACUGACCCCCAGCAGCCAGCCGAAUCCGUCCAUCCCGUCGUACGCCUCUCCCCGUUCCCCGCCUGCGCAGCCCCACGUGCAGAAUAACCAGCCCGUAGAGUUCAACCAUGCUAUCAACUAUGUCAAUAAGAUCAAGAACCGCUUCCAGGGUCAGCCUGACAUCUACAAGGCCUUCCUGGAGAUCCUGCACACUUAUCAGAAGGAGCAGCGCAACGCAAAGGAGGCCGGUGGGAAUUACACACCAGCUCUGACGGAGCAGGAGGUAUAUGCUCAGGUGGCUCGACUCUUCAAGAACCAGGAGGACCUGCUGUCUGAGUUUGGUCAGUUCCUGCCCGACGCCAACAGCUCCGUGGUAAAUUUCCUGAGCAAGACAACAGCUGAGAAAGCAGAGUCUGUGCGUAAUGACCACGGUGGCACAGUCAAGAGACCUCAGCUCAACAACAAGCAGCGGCCCAAUCAGAAUGGCUGUCAGAUCCGGCGGCACUCAGGCAAUUCGACCACACCCCCGGUCAAGAAGAAACCCAAGCUACUAGGAGUGAAGGACCAGUCCCUCGUGGAGGCAGGCAAGCACAGCAGCAGCACAGAGUCACAGUUCUUUGAGAAGGUACGCAAAGUCCUCCGAAGCUCUGAAGCCUACGAGAGCUUCGUGCGAUGCCUGGUCAUCUUCAAUGAAGAAGUCAUCUCCCGUGCUGAGCUGGUACAGCUGGUGGUGCCCUUCCUGGGGAAAUUCCCUGAGCUCUUCACCUGGUUUAAGAACUUCCUGGGGUACCGAGAGUCGACCCACAUCGAGACCUUCCCCAAGGAGCGAGCCACCGAGGGCAUCGCCAUGGAGAUCGACUACGCCUCUUGCAAGCGCCUUGGCUCCAGCUACCGGGCCCUGCCGAAGAGCUACCAGCAGCCAAAAUGCACGGGCAGGACACCCCUGUGCAAAGAGGUGCUGAAUGACACGUGGGUGUCGUUUCCAUCCUGGUCUGAAGACUCCACCUUCGUUAGCUCAAAGAAGACGCAGUACGAGGAACACAUCUACAGGUGUGAGGAUGAACGCUUCGAGCUGGACGUGGUGCUGGAGACCAACCUGGCCACCAUCCGCGCCCUGGAGUCGGUGCAGAAACGCCUGUCCCGCAUGACGGCCGAGGAACAGGCCCGCUUCCGCCUCGACAACAGCAUGGGCGGCUCCUCCGAGGUCAUCCACCGCAAGGCCAUCCAGAGAAUAUAUGGAGACAAGGCACCCGACAUCAUCGAUGGCCUCCGCAAGAACCCGGCCAUCUCCGUCCCCAUCGUGCUCAAGAGGUUAAAGACCAAGGAGGAAGAGUGGAGGGAAGCCCAGAGAGGCUUCAACAAGAUCUGGAGGGAGCAGAACGAGAAGUACUACCUGAAGUCGCUGGAUCACCAGGGCAUCAACUUCAAACAGAACGACACCAAGGUUCUGCGCUCCAAGACCCUGCUGAAUGAGAUCGAGACCAUAUAUGACGAGCGGCAAGAGCAGGCGUCUGAGGACAACACGGCGCCCCCUAGUGGGCCACACCAGACCCUGCUAUAUGAGGACAGCCAGAUCCUGGAGGACGCAGCCUCCCUCAUCAUUCACCAUGUGAAGCGGCAAGCCGGCAUCCAGAAAGAGGACAAGUACAAGAUCAAGCAAGUGGUGCAUCACUUCCUGCCCGACAUGUUGUUCGCGCGACGCGGGGAGCUGUCCGACCUGGAAGAGGAGGAGGAGGAAGAGGAAGCCGACCUGGAUGAGGCCGGCGCCAAGAAACCCAACGGACUGGCUUCCGGCGGGAGCAGCAGCAAGGGCAGCCCGGCCAAGUCCAAGCUCCUGUUCGGCGGCACGGCGGCCCAGAAGCUGCGCAACACGGACGAAGUCUACAACCUCUUCUUCGUCAACAACAACUGGUACAUUCUGCUGCGUCUGCACCAGACGCUGUGUUCCCGGCUGCUGCGGAUCUACAACCAGGCCGAGCGGCAGAUCGAGGAGGACUGCAGGGAGCGAGACUGGGAACGCGAGGUGCUGGGCCUCAAGCGGGAGAAGGGCGACACACCCGCCGUGCAGCUACGCCUCAAGGAGCCCAUGGACAUCGAGGUGGAGGACUAUUACUCUGCCUUCCUGGAGAUGGUGCGCAACCUGCUGGAUGGUAACAUGGACUCCACCCAGUAUGAAGACUCCCUGCGUGAGAUGUUCACCAUCCACGCAUACAUCGCCUUCACCAUGGACAAGCUCGUCCAGAGCAUUGUCCGACAGCUUCAGCACAUCGUGAGCGACGAGAUCUGCGUCCAGGUGACCGACCUGUACCUGGCAGAGUGCUCCAACACAGCCACAGGAGGCUCCCUGUCUGCACAGGCCUCCAGAGCGGCCCCCGAGGCAGCCUAUCAGCGCAAGGCCGAGCAGCUCAUGUCCGAUGAGAACUGCUUCAAGCUAAUGUUCAUAAAGAGCAGCGGUCAGGUACACCUCUCAGUGGAGCUUCUGGACACAGACGAGGAUAAUUCUGACGAACCCAUGGAGACGGAGCGCUGGUCAGACUAUGUGGGCCGGUACCUGAAUUCUGCCUCCACCUCCCCGGAGCUGCGAGAGCAUCUGGCCCAGAAGCCCGUGUUUCUCCCCAGGAACCUCCGCCGGAUACGAAAGUGCCAGCGAGGGUGGGGGCAGCAGGAAAAGGAGGCCAAGGAGGGUGGGAAGAAGGUGGUGGAAGGUGCGGAGAACAUGGAGUGCAUGUUCAAGCUGAACUCCUACAAGAUGGUGUACGUCUUUAAGUCUGAAGACUACAUGUACCGCCGCACUGCUCUGUUGCGAGCCCACCAGUCCCAUCAGAGGGUGAGUACGAGGUUGCACCAACGCUUCCAGGCCUGGGUGGAUGGCUGGGUGCAGGAGAACGUGACGGUGGAGAUGGCAGGCGACUGCAAGCGCUGGCUGAUGGGCGAGGCCCGCGACGGGAUGCUGCCCUGUACCACCAACUGCCAGAAGGAGGUGCUGCACUUCAUGGGCAUCAACAAAUACCGCGUGACAUACAGCCCUCCGCCAAAGGCCCCCUGAAGGCUGUAGGGUUUCGCCGAGGUUCUGGUGGGACUGGGGGCAUGAAGGCGGUUGGGGGGCGCAGUAGGGGCAGAAGGUGAUGCAGGGAGGAUCCAUCACUAACUUUCACAGGAUGUUGACGUGCGCACUGUGCUGUGGUUCGCCAGCGGUAAAACUUUUUAACAGCAUUUUAGCUGUACCUGCCUUUGCAGGGCCUUGGUGCCAAAACAAGAGAAACACCCUGUGAGUCUGAGUCCACCUCGCCUUCCGUCUGAUCGCUCCAGCUGUCAGAGAAAGGCUUCCUGGGGCUGACAGGAUGUGAUGUCAUCAACGCCGUAGCAGCACAGGGCUUUGGUAAGAAGCCUCCAGGAAGUUCUUUUGUGAGAAAAGGAUCAUUAGAAGAAAGAAAGAAAUAAGAGUAAAAUCACCAAUUUCUUUCAGAAAUACAUUUUAAUGCCAAGUGUUUUGGGGAAAGGUACACCUAAUUUGGAGUUUUGCAUUGGGGGGGGGGAUUUUUAAAUUUUGUCACCUUUCACUGGUGUGAAGUACUUGGACUGAAGGAGCACCAACAUCCAGGCUGGUGGCUGCCAGCUGCGUUUAGAAGUCAGGCCUCCAGAUCGGGCAUCAGGGUGAAGACUAGUUUGGCUAUUUUAGUACCUGUUUCUGAAGAAAGGUGGCAUUAAGGAAGACACACCUGACACCAACAGGAUUAUGUGUAGUGAGGCAGCACUUGUAGCCGCUAUUGUAAAAAAAAUAAUAAUAAUAGAGCAAAAAAAUUUAAAAAAGAAAAAAUCUUUAAAAUAGUUAUAGCUGAAUCAGAGCGCUUGUCAGUUCUGGUCUCAGACUGUAAAGUGUAUAGCUUGUGAAUGUCGGUUUCUGACAUGUCUACUGAUGCAUAUUACCAAGCUAGCCCAGAAACCCCAGUACAGUGCGGCCCAGACCUAGGAGGAGUUGGGAUGGACUCCCCCCACACCACCACCACUGCGCAGUGCAUUGUAAAUAACCUGUAAAUAAUGUCAGACCUUUUUAUUACGGAGAUCUGCAUUGAUGUGCUAGCAUACUUUACAGGCUUACUGUGGACUUCAGUGAGAGGAGCUAAGAGAUAGUACGUAUAUUAAAAAUGCAAGACCGUUUAUUACAGUUUUUACCAAAGGGAAUUGAUGAUGAUAGUUUUUUUGUGUGUGUGUGUGUGUUUCCUUUUUUAAUUGUGCAAAUGUUCAUUUGAGAAGUAGAAAUUUAUCCAGGAUUUUUCAAAUGGAAGUUUUUAUAGUAUUUUUUCAUAAAAUGUGUAAAAAGUAAAUAAAAAGACCAGGUUUCAAUUUGGCUUUUAUCUGGUGACAUCAGCCGCUGCCUGUUUGCAGACGCUACAGGCUGGCAGGUGGUAAAGGGCGCGGAUGCAGGCUUUUCGCUCGAGCCCUGGACGCAGGGCCGGUCCGCUUCAUCGGCGCAGUGUUUUCAUGAUCCCUAUUCCCCUCCUUGCUUUCUCUCCCUCCACGACCUGGAUAGAUUUCUGCUGAAAUUACACAAACACGUUUUUAAAGUCACAAAGCAUGUCUUUUCCUGUGGAUUAUCAUAGCCCCUUUAUUUCAACCUUAUUUAAAGAAUAAUAAAAACAGCGUUUGUAGUUGA